ACUGCCAGGCUAUGAGCAAGAUGUAAGCCAAUGGAACUGCUCUCACCAGCAGAGAAUCUGGAUGAAAACAGAAAUGGAAAACCUGGGACUGUGGCCAGGCUCUAGAAUGGUGAGACAUCCAAUGAACAUGAUCUCCUUGUGGCGUUACCCACCUCAGCCUGAGCUUAUUGAUUCUGUCUAUAAGUUGCCAUCACCAAAAUACUUUCAACUUCAUCCAUUCUUCAUUUGGAAACCAGAGCACCCCAUUAUGGAAAGAGUCCACAACAACUACACUCUGCCAUGUCUGAACGGCUGUCCAAAUCCUCAAGUUGUCUCAUCAGGAGUUGGACGACCCCGUGUCAUUAUUGGUACAAGCAGCCAGUACUAUAUGCUGGCCUCUCGGCUCACCUGUAAAGUCUGUAAAAAGUACUGGUUUGCAGACAAACCCCAAUGGAUGGAGAUGCUGCCAAGUCGAUUCUGCAACAUUUUUCCAGCUUUUCUGACGCACAAGAAGGCCAUAUGUAAGACUGUGAUGGAUGAGUUGCGGCGCACAGGAAAGUCUCCCAAUGAUAUGGCCAAUCAGUUGAACGAAGCUCUCCACCUCAGGUAUGAGCAUGCACACCUGGCUUACCUGUCCACAGUUAAGAAUGUGCUGGAUGGAGACAGGGGACUUUAUGGUCAGCAGACCAUCACAGGGGCACUAAGAGCAGCAAAUACUCCUGCUCCAUUUGGUGAGUAUGGUGAUGUGGUCGGCUGGUUUGGAGUAACAGUCUCACCCCACUACUUGGUUGACUGCCUCAUUCAGGAGUACCAUAGGCAGGAGAGCACACUCAAUCUGCUCCUUCAAGGCACAUUUGGACAAGUAUUAAGGGCUGACCAUACCCGCAAAGUGGCCUGGAAGGUUGUGCUUGCAUCAGGUACUAUGUCAUCAUACGCUGUGAUGAAUGAAAACUGGAUGAUCUUGUCCUGGGUGAUGCUGCAGUCUGAAUGUGAUAAAUCCCUGCAGCCAAUGUAUGAGGGGCUAUCCCGUCGUUACAUUUUUGCAGGACUGCCAAAAGCCAACUACCAGUGGGUUGACAGAGAUUGCUGUGCUGCCUUCAGGAUCCCAAACCCUGAUCCGCAGGAGCACCUCCUCUGGGAUUCUUGGAAGACCACUGAGGCUAUAGUGACUGCGGCAACCUCUGGGAAUCUCAUCAACACCUGUGCCUCCCGCAAAGAAUAUAAUAGCGACAUCAACAUCAAGCUGGACUUAUUCCACUGCAUGCGGCGAUUCUCCAGAGAGUGUACUUCUGAGCACCAUCCACUGCACAGUGCUUUCUGCAAGUUUCUGUCAGCAGCUUUUAGUGUUGUGGACCAGACGGACCUACAGAGACUGAAGCAGGCUUAUGUCUUCUGUGGGAUAGUGCCUGCAAAUCCAACAAAGAAGCACAUCAGGGAGCACUGUCGCACUAGGGUCCCACACCCCAAAGAGCUGCUGGAGAGAGUGGAGAGCGUUCUCCAAAAAAUUCUUUUUAGAAUGCGAUCCUGAUGGUGGGCCACUUUUCAAACCAUCGAUGUUGAAGGUGUGGAGGAUUCAGCGAGUCCACAUCCUCAGAGGCUGCCUCAGUGACCCAGAAAUUGAAGAGGGGAUCCUCUAUAGGCAUGGUGGAACGGUCCAGCUGAACCAUGUGAAG